GGCUGACGCACCCUGCUGAGGGAGGAGAAAGGGGCGGGACCGGAAAAGGCCAGCUCAGGCCUACAGAGCUGCCCGGGACAGAGGCAGUCAAGGACUUAGUCCCAGGACAGCCAGAGGAGAGCUGACAGACCCUACCAAAGGUUGUCGGCACCUGUGCUCAGAGCAGAACCUCAAGGCAGCAAGGGGAGAAUUGUCCCUCCUGAGACACCGGGCAGAUCCAGAAUGGGGAGCCCCGUGCACCGAGUAUCCCUGCGGGACACCUGGAGCAGGCGAGUGCACCCUGACAUAGACAGCGAAAGACGCUUGCAGCCCUUCAGUGUGGAGCGGCUCACUAGCAUCCUUGAUGGAAGUGUCCAGAACACUGUGCUGAGGAGGAGAGUUGAAAGCAUCAUCCAAGCUGACCCAAUGUUCGACUUGAGGAAUGUUUACUUCAUGACUGAUGCUGAGCAAUACGAGGAUGCAGUUCAAAAGAAAUUCCACCUUGAGAUGCUGGCCCGGCGCCUGGGCUGGUCGGAAGGAGGACCUGAACGCAAUUAUGCUAACAGAGCCCUUUCUGGAUACACCAACCUCAGCUUACAUGGUAUUGCCAUGAAUGCUAUCAGAAGCCUGGGCUCAGAUGAACAGAUUGCUAAAUGGGACCAACUCAGCAAAAACUUCCAAAUCAUCACAACCUAUGCCCAGACAGAGCUGGGACACGGGACAUACCUGAAGGGCCUGGAGACUGAAGCCACCUAUGACGCAGCCACCCAGGAGUUUGUGAUCCACAGCCCUACAAUAACUUCCACCAAGUGGUGGCCCGGGGACUUGGGACGGUCUGUUACCCAUGCUGUGGUCCUAGCCCAGUUGAUCUGCUCAGGAGCCCAGCAUGGCAUGCAUGCCUUCAUCGUGCCCAUCCGGAGCCUACAGGACCAUACCCCACUGCCAGGAAUCACAGUUGGAGACAUAGGGCCCAAGAUGGGCUUGGAACACAUAGACAACGGCUUCCUGCAACUGAACCACAUGAGGGUUCCCAGAGAGAACAUGCUCAGUCGCUUUGGAGAGGUCUUGCCAGAUGGUACCUACCGGAGGCUGGGGACAGCACAGAGCAAUUAUCUUCCCAUGUUGGUGACACGGGUGUCGCUGCUGAUUACAGCAAUCUUGCCCUUCCUCCAGAAGUCUUGCGUCAUUGCUGUGCGCUACUCAGUCAUCCGCCACCAGUCUCGUCUUCGGCCUAGUGACCCAGAGGCAAAAAUCCUGGACUUCCAGACACAGCAGCAAAAACUCCUUCCUCAGCUCGCCCUAAGCUAUGCCUUCCAUUUCACGGCCACCAGCCUCUUGGAAUUCUUCCACAGCUCCUACAGUGCCAUUCUGAAGAAGGACUUCAGCCCCCUGCCUGAGCUCCAUGCACUGAGCACGGGUAUGAAGGCCAUGUUUUCGGACUUCUGUGCCCAGGGGGCAGAGAUAUGUCGCAGGGCCUGCGGUGGUCAUGGCUACUCAAAGCUGAGCGGUCUGCCAACACUGGUCACUAGAGUGAUAGCCUCUUGCACUUAUGAGGGUGAGAACACGGUGCUCUAUCUGCAAGUGGCCAGGUUUCUGAUGAAGAGCUACCUUCAGGCUCAGGUGUCCCCCACAUCACAGAAGCCUCUCCCUCAGUCUGUCAUGUAUCUUGCCUCACCAAGGCCAUCCAGGUGCCCAGCCCAGACAGCAGCUGACUUCCUCUGCCCAGACAUCUAUACCACAGCCUGGGCACAUGUGUCUGCCAGGCUUAUAAAGGAUGCGGUACACCAUACACAGUCCCUCAUGAGAUCUGGGCUUGACCAGCAUGACGCCUGGAACCAGACUGCUGUCAUACACCUUCAGGCCGCCAAGGCUCACUGCUACUACAUCACUGUAAAGAGUUUUAAGGAAGCUGUGGAGAAACUAGACAAUGAGCCGGAGAUUCAGCAGGUGCUCCAGCGUCUCUGCGACCUCUGUGCCUUAUACGGCAUUCUGAUGAACUCAGGCGAUUUUCUGCAUGAUGGCUUCCUGUCUGGGGCCCAAGUGGACAUGGCAAGAGCAGCCUUCCUAGGCCUGCUUCCCUUGAUCCGGAAGGAUGCUAUCUUGUUAACUGAUGCUUUUGACUUCACGGAUCAUUGUUUGAACUCGGCACUCGGCUGUUAUGAUGGACACGUCUACGAACGUCUGUUUGAGUGGGCUCAGAAGUCACCAGCCAAUACUCAGAAGAGGACACCACAUCUCAUUAUAGAUGGUUGGGAGCCACCACAUGGUUGCUGAGAAUUGAACUCAGGACCCCUGGAAGAGCAGCCAGUCCUCUUAACAUCUGAGCCAUCUCUCCAGCCCAAGCACCAACAUUUUUAAAGGCUAUUUUUUUUUUGAUGGGCCAUAAUUCUGAAGUGCAGCAGACAUUUUUUUAAUAGAAAAACGGUACAUUCAGGUAUUUUAACUUAUUUGUUGAAACAGCAGCUAUGUUGAAACAUGCCCUAUGGACACAAAAAUACAAGUGCUAGUGUUCUGCCGGAAGUAAAGUGCCAGGCUUCAUGUCUUAGCUGUCUGUCUGGGGCAGGUUGGGAUGAGCUUUCUCUACUAGUGCCUGGUUUUUAAUUUCUGACUGAUCUAGAAAGCUGCCAUAAAUGGUUCUCCCUCCCCACAUGAAAUCACAUCCACGCAAUCUCCUAUGGAAGCAAGAAGGAAUCAUCAGAGGCCACGUCAAACCAAGAACCCUUUCUUUUAAGUAUUUGUUUGAGGGUCUUGUGUAGUCCAGGCUGGCCUUGAAUUCCUAUCUCCCAAAUGCCAGGAUUACAUGUAUAUAUCACACCACAGCAAAACCCUAUUCUUUCAAUAACUCUAUUGCUAAAGCAUGUCCAAGGAACAGUGAAAAGUGUUAAAUCAUAUCCAGUUCACUUAUUCAAAGAAUAUUUACUGUGCAAUGCUGGUGUGCUGCUUUUGCAUAAGCAGUGGAGAAUGGAGUGUAGACCUGUGUUAAGGAUCUUAUAGUUUUCUGUAGACAGGAAAAAGGAAAUGAGCAAGAAAAUAGUAUGGAAGACUAGGAGUUAGCUAUAAAGAACUCUGCACUCCAUUCGGAAACAAUGGGACCACUAAAUCAAGAACAAGACAAGGCUGUCCACUCUCUCCAUAUCUCUUCAAUAUAGUUCUUGAAGCUCUAGCUAGAGCAAUAAUACAAGUAAAGGAGAUCAAGUUGGAAAGGAAGAAGUCAAAGUAUUGCUAUUUGCACAUGGUAUGAUAGUAUACGUGAGUGACCCCAAACAUUCUACCAGUGAACUCCUAAAGCUGAUAAACACCUUUAGCAAAGUGGCUGAAUUCAAGAUUAACUAAAAAACAAAACAAAACAAAAAACAGUAGCCCUCCUAUAUACAAAUGAUAAACUGAUAAACGGGAUGAGAAAGAACUCAGGGAAAUAACACCCUUCACAAUAGCCACAAAUGAUAGAAAAUAUCUUGGUGGAACUCAAACCAAGCAAGUAAAAGACCUGUAUGACAAAAACUUCAAGUCUUAGAAAGAAAGAAACUGGAGAAGAUAUCAGAAGAUGGAAAGUUCUCCCAUGUUCAUGGAUCAGUAGGAUUAAUACAGUAAAAACGGCCAUCUUACCAAAAGCAAUCUACAGAUUCAACGCAAUCCCCAUCAAAAUGCCAACACAAUUCUUUACAGACCUUGAAAGAACAAUACUCAACUUCAUAUGAAAAAACAAAAAAACCAGGAUAGCUAAAAACAAUCCUGUACAAUAAAAGAACUUCUGGAGAUAUCUCCAUCCCUGACUUCAAAUUAUACUACAGAGCAAUAGUAAUAAAAAUUGCAUGAUAUUGGCAAAGAAACAGACUGGUUGAUCAAUGGACCAAAUUCAGACCUAGAUGUAAACCCACACACUUAUGGAUACUUGAUUUUUUACAAAGAAGCCAAAAUUAUACAAAGGAAAAAAAAGAAAGCAUCUUCAACAAAUGGUGCUGGUCUAACUGAAUGUCGGCAUGUAGAAGAAGGUAAAUAGAUUCAUAUCUAUCACCCUGUGAAGUGGAAGUUUUUGGUUUCCUUGAAGACUGUUUUGUUAUAUGAUAUUUUGCUGCAAGCUGGGUACAUGUUUUGCUGGAAGCUGGCUCGUGAGAGGGCAUGCUAUUUAAGAACCCUAGGUUUGAUGAAAAAUCUAAGCCUACAACCCUGCACAAAACUCAAGUCCAAGUAGAUCAAAGACCUCAACAUAAAUGCAAAUACAAUGAACCUGAUAGAAGGGAAAGUAGGGAAGAGCCUUGAAUGCAUUGGCUCGGAGACAACUCCCUGAACAGAACACCAACACAUCAGGUUCUAAGAUCAAAAAUUAAUAAAUGAGACCUCAUGAAACUGAAAAUCUUUUGUAAGGCAAAAGACACUAAAUAAGACAAAACAGCAGCCUACAAAAUGGAAAAAGAUCUUCAUCAAUCCCACAUCUGACAGAAGGCUAAUUUCCAAAAUAUAUAAAGAACUCAAGAAACCAGCCAUCAACACACCAAAUAAUCCAAUUUAAAAAUAAGGUAUGGAUCUUAACAGAGAAUCUCAAAUGGCUGAGAAACAACAACAAUAAAAAAAGUUCGACAUCCUUCACCUUCAAGGAAAUACAAAUCAAAAUGACUCUGGGAUUCCAUUUGGCACCUAUCAGAAUGGCUAGUAUCAAAACCACAAGUGAAAGUUCAUACUGGCAAGGAUGUGGAGCCAGGGGGAAUACACCUCAAUUGCUUGUGGGAGUGUAAACUUAUAUAACCACUUUGGAAAUCAGUUUGGUGGUUUCUUAGAAAAUUGGGAAUAGUUCUACAUCAAGACUCAGCUAUACCACUCCUGGGCGUAUACCCAAAGGAUGUUCCAUCAUACCACAAGGACACUUGCUCGACUAUGUUCAUAGCAGCUUUUAUAAUCCACAGACCCAGAGAAGCUAAGUAACAAGAAAGGUUCAAGGGGGAAAAGUAUGAAUCUCUCUGGGAAAGGAAAAAUAGAAUCGACAUGAUGGUUGGAGGUAGGGAGGCUGGGGGGGGGCAGGAAUCAGAGGGAUCAGAUUGGGGGAGGAUGGAGGGAGAGUACUGGGAGACAACUGGAAUUGAGGGGCAUAUCAGGGACAACCUAGAAACCUGAUGCAAUGCAAAUUCCCAGGAAUCUACAAGGGUGCCCUAGCUAUAACUCCUAUCAGUGGGCGACACAGAGCCAGAACUGGCCAUCUCCUGUAACCAGGCAAGACUUCCAGUGGAGGGAUUGGGAUACCAGCCCAGCCAUAAAACCUUUGGACUUCAAUUUGUUCUGCCUACCAGAUGUGCUAGGGUAAAGGUAGCACAGAAAUUGUGGGAGUAGCCAACCAAUGAUUAGUCCAACCUGAGACCCAUGACACUAGAGGUAGCCCAGCCUUGACACUGCCUAGACAGCCGGGACCCAGAGGCUGGAUAGCCCAGAGACCUGGGAUAGAACCAAACACAACUGAAAAAAAAAAAAAAAGUCAGGAAAAUAAUGCCUAGUGAUAUUCUGCUAUACUCAUAGAUUGUGCCUAAUCCAAUUGUGAUCAGAGAGGCUUCAUCCAGAAACUGACAGAAACGGAUGCUGAAAUCCAGAGCCAAACAUUAGGCAGAGCCAGGAAAUCCUACAAAAGAGGGGGAGGAAGGAUUGUAAGAGCCAGAAGGGUCAAAGACACAGCAAGAAAACCCACAGAAUCGGUUAACCUGGGUCAGUAGGGGCUCACAGAAACUGAACCAAAAACCAGGGAGCAUGCAUGGGACUGACCUGGGCCUCUGCAUACAUGUUACAGUUGCAUAGCUUGGUCUUCUUGCAAGACUAAUAAUAGUGGGAGAAGUUGUUGUCUCUGACACUUUUGCCUGCUCUUGGGACCCUUUCCUCAUACUGGGCUGACUUGUCCAGUGUUAUUACGAGGUGAGGUGCAUGAUAUGCCAUGUUUGGUUGAUACCCAUCCAUAGGAGGCCUGCUCUAGUGAUAGGGGCAGGACAUGCAGAAAAGAGGUGGGGAGAAGGGACUGGGAGGAGAAGAGGGAGGAAACACUGCAGUGGGGAUGUAAAAACAAAAAUGAAAUACACUUAGAAGCUGAGUAUAUAAGAAAGGAGAAAGAAGCUGAUGGGUAAGAAGAACAUUGCCUCCCUGUUUCUACUUUCUGGUUCCUUGCUUUGUGGUUCAUGUUCAAUUUCAAAACACCUCAAAUAGUGAAGGUUUUUAUUUGUAUUAAAUUCCAAAAGUGGAGAAUAAGCUGUAGGUUUUUCUUUUAAUCAGCCACCUGCAUGCACAGUUUAAAAUCUGCCUAAGAAAGCAUGCUUUUUGGCAACAUUUUUACCAUAUGUUCACACAAAAUGAAGUUCAAAAAUAAUUCGAAAAAUUAAGACUCUUAGGUAAUGUUACAUUUUUAAAGUGAAGUACUUAAUUUGCAAGUGAAGUCAUUAAUUCUAAAAGUGUUCUUUAAAUAAUGUACUUCUCAUAAACAUAGGAGAACCCUGCCUAUGGGAAAUAUAUCCGACCGCUGCUGCAAGGCUGGAGUCCCAAGUUGUGAGAAGCCAAA